AUGGACUCCCAGUGUCGUAUCAAAGCCUACAAGGCUGUCUCCUAUGCAGCCAUAUCAUUUUCGGUAAUAUCAGUCUUAGCUGUUUGUAUUGCCUUACCGCUAAUCCACAGUUAUGUUAAUCAAUUACAAUUCCGCAUGGACAAUGAUCUGCGAUAUUGUCAGGGAUCAGCCAAAGAUAUAUGGUCAGAAGUUGGGAUUUUAAAACGUCAAGACACAGCAAGAAAUCGUACCACUAGGCAAGCUCAUAACUGUGACGAGUGCUGCACCGGAGGCGAACCCGGCCCAAAAGGACCUCCUGGGCGUCCUGGGAAACCAGGAAAACCAGGUGCACAAGGUCCACCAGGAAAGCCUGGAAAACCAAACCUUGAACCUUGCGUUCCAAUAACCCCACCACCAUGCAGACCAUGCCCAGCAGGUCUGCCUGGUCCCGCAGGUCCGCCAGGUCCAAUGGGUGACCCAGGACCAGACGGUCUUCCA